CAAUCGUGAAUGUUUGCACCGCUGCUAAUGUUUACAUUUGUCGACCCGCAGCACGCAUGUGAAGCGUUUAAAGUGGAGAAGACAUGGAAGGAAAAUUUGUCAUAAACGGGUUGAUUUAGCGAUUUACGCCGACGUGAGUUUAGCUAGCUGUUAGUAGCGGCAAGUUUAAAGCUUUCAUUGUCAAUCCUUUAACUCUUUCGUUACUGGCGUUAACGUCGUACUAAAUGAUUUUCAACAACAGGAAAAAAAUAAUAUUAAUGUCCUCAAUUGUACUGCCAUUCAUCCAUUUUUAUUUUUGUGAAAUUUGCCAUUCCAUAAUGUGCUUUAGCGAAUUGUCCCCCUUUUGAAUUGUUUAUCGACCCUGGCAAGGGGCAGAAUCUCUUGCACAUGCAUAAAAAAAAAAAGUUUAUUAAUUUGUUUUCUUACAACUUGAGCAAAACUAUAGCUAUUACAUACUAGUCAGUGCUUAUGGGGCACCCAGUCCUAAUAUACACAAAAAAGCAAAUGACUUUAUUUUUAUUUUUUUAAUACAAUCCCCAAAAACAUUAUAUAACCUUGAUGACAGCCUAUUGGCAUGCACGUAGCAUUACCAUUGAUACAAUUAUACAACUCUUCCUUGUUGCAUUCAUGGGUGUGUUUUUUGUCCUCCACUGAGCACGCAUAUCUUAUCAUUUGUUCAAGUACUCACUGUCCUUUCAAAGUUGUCGACAUUUUGACGCCUCGCAAAUGCCUUUGGGGAUUUGUCUUGGAAUGAGCUGAUCCACAACAGACAAUGGAAACAAUGACAUUCUCAAAGCGGCGAUGCUGGCACCAUUAAGGCAAAUUCUUUCCCCUCCUUUCUACCGCCGCGCGGCGUUCCCGUCGCUCGCGUUGAAAGAAGCUCGGAGGCAAACUUCCGCAAGUAGUGCCAAAGCCAGUCCUGAGCCAGACAAACACGCUCCAGAUUUGGAGUCCGUCGCUGACGUCGACUUUUUCGGAAUGGGCAUGUGGUCUCUGGGUUUGGGAGCUGUGGGCGCCGCCCUCGCUGGCGUCUUCCUGGUCAACUCCAAUUUGACUCUCCCCAAUGUGGGAAAGGCUUCGCUGGAACAUCUCGCUGAUGCCGACCUCCUCUCCACCACUGAUGACGGCAAGGUCAUCAAAGCAAAGAGUCUGUGGGAAAAGAACGGCGCCGUCAUCAUGGCCGUGCGGCGGCCCGGAUGAUUUUUGUGCAGAGAGGAGGCUUCCGAGCUGUCCUCUCUGAAGCCCCAGCUGGAGGAGCUUGGGGUCCCUCUGGUGGCCGUGGUCAAGGAGCGCGUCGGGACUGAGAUCCAGGACUUCAGGCUGCACUUCACUGGGGACAUUUACAUCGAUGAAAAGAAACAUUUCUACGGGGGAAGAAUGGGUGCUAUGGGGCUGUUGCGCUUCGGCGUGUUGCAGAACUUCUGGCGGGCCUGGAGGGCCGGCCACCACGGCAACGUGUUGGGCGAGGGUUUCAUCCUGGGGGGUGUCUUUGUCAUCGGCGCGGGAGAACAGGGGGUCCUACUGGAGCAUCGCGAGAAGGAGUUUGGCAACAAAGUGGAGGUGGCGGAUGUUCUCCAAGCCGUCAAGAAAAUCGUCGCUCGCAAAUAAGCGAAUUAGAGCACUGAAUAGAAAAUUGUGAAAGCCAUUAUUACGUAUGCACUCGCCCCCCUACGGGCAGCUAAUUCAUCAAGUCACCUCAAUUGCAAAACAAAAAGCUGUGAAACUGACUCAAUUGGUUCAACAUUACCGCUAAAGACACUUUAAAGCUAGACUUUAUGAAAACGGUAUGAUGUGAACACUCGAUUAUAACGCAAGUGAUAAUUGUACUCGAAGUUGUGCUGCUAGUUUGUCCCCCCCCCCACGCCGACACCACCCGCUGGCUUCCAUCAUGGCCGACAUGCGGUUGUGCGUGUAACAAUGACGACUUGUCUUUCUAAACUCUGCAAAGAGAGGAGGAAAGUCUGAUAAUCAAACGCGUGCAUUUUCCUCAGACACCGCCCGCCACUGUUGUCGUCAUUUUGAGGCCUUCUGGAGUGUUGGCGGGGGGGGGACAAUUGUAUGCACUUUUACAUGUUAAAAAAAAAAGCAAUAAAUUCUUUCUGUCUGUGUAAACCGUG